UACGCAGAAAGGCGUGUUUGAACAUGCAGCACGCAGGUGAUUUAAACGUGCUCAGUCCAGUUGAACUGAGGCUGCGAAUCAGACAGAACGAUCCAAGAGUCACAACUACGACCGGAUUAGCACACGGAUACCAGCAGGCGAACGUCGUCAUCCUGCCGAGUCAUCUAGCCAAUGACUUUGAAGCAUUUUGCCGCAGUAACUCUGCUCCUUUACCGCUCCUUUGCCGCAGCCAAUCAGGAGAGACUUCCUGUGACUCUCUGGCUGCAAAUGCUGACAUCAGGACUGACAUCUCUCAGUACUGCGUGUACGAGGAGGGUCGUCUGGUGAGGACAGUCUCCAGCCUGCAGAGGUGAGUCAACAGACACAGGCAGACUGAACACCUGUGUACAGGAAAGAUGUGAAUUUAUUUUUGUGUUUGCAGGACCGGGUCAGAGGUCGGAUCACUGUCAGGUAUGGUCAGUUUCUAUCUCGGCUGCAGCUUUGGAUUUGAAGGCAAAUUGAAGGAAGUUGGCGUCCCCGUGAGGAAUGUGGAGCAAGGCAGAAACAUCAGCAUGUACAGGACUACAGUUCGCUGUGUCCCUAGCGGAGCGUUCAGCUGCCCUCUGGUGGUCACUAUGCGCCCAGUUCCAGGUGGUUUACUGGAUGCAGCAGCGGAGGUCACUCACCUCAACCCGCUCGCUCAUGGAGCCCCUAUACACAUCGGAGAGCCUGAUCUCCUGGGGAUUCUGGAUCUGUCUAAACCAGACUAUGGAGAGUCAGUGGAGCUUCAGGCUGGUGAUGUCCCUGUUUUCUGGGCUUGUGGAGUGACUGCAAUCGAGGCCAUUCUCAGCAGCAAGCCUUCCUUGGCCUUCAGUCACUCACCGGGCUGUAUGUUCCUCACAGACGUCCCAGACUCCCCUUCUUCCGACUCUCUGCGCACCAAACCCGACCCUGAGCUGACCCCGCUCUGCUUCUGCAUAUCCCACAAUCCUCUCCAUUACAGCCUGGCGUCUAAGGCAGCAACUGAGAAGAUCAGACAGCUGGAGAAGAUAAUUGGUGAAGACCCAGGUCAACGAGGAAUCAGAGCUUUAUUUGUUCAGGAUGAACUUCUUCGCUCCUGCCUGGCGCUCUCCCACUCCUCCUCUGUCGCUAUAAUAACCGGAUUUCCUACACACUUCAUGCACAGUCCCCCCGACGAGACAGAUGGCCCACCUGGAGCCAUUGCCAUGGCAACCAUGCUGCUGUCUCUCGGGAAACAGGUGACGCUUUUGACCGACAGCAGGGCACUGGAGAUGAAUCGAGCCAUCGUGGACGAAGCAGUGCGGACAGGGGUCCUGAAAGCUGCAGUCCCGUUGGUCACAUUUGAAGAUCGCGGCCCUGACUCUGCGCUGCACUUCCUGUGUCAUCACGGAGACCCCAACAAGCCCAGGUUCGACCACCUGGUGGCGAUAGAGCGCAGCGGACGGGCUUCAGAUGGAAAUUAUUACAACAUGAGAGGAAUAAACAUCAAACAUCUGGUGGAUCCCAUUGAUGAUUUGUUUAUUGCUGCAAAGAAAAUACGAGGGAUUACAACAAUAGGAAUCGGCGAUGGUGGUAACGAGCUGGGGAUGGGUAAAGUGAAGGAGAAGGUGAAGAGCCUGAUGCCCAAAGGAGAUCUGGUAGCCUGUGAUGUUCCUGCCGACUUCGCCAUCACCGCCGGAGUGUCCAACUGGGGAGGAUACGCUGUGGCCUGUGGGCUCUACCUGCUGCACACCUGCCCCACCCACCAGCGUUACCUGAAGAAAGGACUCGGACUGGAGUUUGUCGACUCCAACGAGCAGCAGCAGGACUGGAGGACCAACCUGCCGUCUGUGCAGAAGGAGGAGUCCUUCCUGUCCACACUGGUGCGUUUCGGAAUACGAAGUGGGAAAACUGGGAACCUGGCCAUGGAGGUGGAUGGUUUGACCUUUCACCCCACGCACUCUGACAUGAUCGACAGACUGGUGGGGGCGACACUGGACUCUGCGACACAACAACCAGCUCCUCCUGACUGUUACUAAGCUGUCGUCACAAAGCAGCAGAGGAUGAAGAAAGAGCUUUGUGUUCGAGAUGUUAGAAUGCUGCCAUUUUUAUUUUUUCAGAAAAACACAAUCGACUGAAGGAAAAUCACUUUUUUUUUCUGCCUCGGAGAUGAAAAAUUAGGAAAACUGCAACUAUUUUAAUCACUCAAAAUCAAG